AUGCCGCUCUACAACGCCUCAGCUCCGGCCCAUGACCUGCCCUGGGAUACGCCGUACAGCCAGGAUUACGUCUGGAACGGUUCUUCUCCUUCAAACUCCAGCGAAGACGUAAUAGAAGGAGGAAAGGAGGAACUUCAAGAUUUCAGUGACGCCGGAUACACGGCCAUCGCUACGGGCCUGGCACUCAUAGGAAUUGUGGGCUUCGUGAACAACUUGGCCGUGAUUCUGCUGAUCGGCUGUCAUCGGCAGCUGCGCACGCCCUUCAACCUGCUGCUGCUGAACAUGUCCGUGGCCGACCUGCUGGUGUCCGUGUGCGGCAACACGCUGUCCUUCGCCUCCGCCGUCCAACACCGCUGGCUGUGGGGCCGGCCCGGCUGUGUCUGGUACGGGUUCGCCAACAGCUUGUUCGGUAUUGUCUCACUGGUGACCCUCAGCGCCCUGGCGUUCGAGCGAUAUUGUGUGGUGGUGCGGAGUUCGGACAUGCUGACUUACAAGUCUUCUCUUGGCGUCAUCACCUUUAUCUGGCUGUACUCUCUCCUGUGGACAAGCUUACCACUGCUGGGCUGGAGCAGCUACCAGUUCGAGGGUCACAGUGUCGGUUGCUCAGUGAACUGGGUGAAGAAUAACCCCGGUAACGUGUCCUACACCGUCACCCUGAUGGUGACGUGUUUCUUCCUGCCGAUGACGGUUGUCUGCUGGUCGUACGCCUGCAUCUGGCGCACUGUCAGAAUGAGUGCUGAGAUGAAGUCAGUCUCCGGGAACCCGCAGAACUCUGGCCGUCUGGUGACGACGAUGGUGGUGGUGAUGAUCGCAUGUUUCCUGGUGUGCUGGACCCCGUACACCGUCAUGGCGCUCAUCGUCACCUUCGGCGCGGAUCACCUGGUCACCCCGACCGCCUCUGUCAUCCCGUCCCUGGUGGCCAAGUCCAGCACGGCCUACAACCCUGUCAUCUACGUGCUGAUGAACAACCAGUUCCGUGAGUUCCUGCUGGCCCGUCUCCGUACGUUCUGCUGCCGUCAGCCGGGAGUGCCUCCCAGAGUUCCGCGCGUCACACCGCUGGACGACAACUGGCAUGCGCAUGCGCGGCUUGGCGGAGAGGGACCCAGCCAUGCGCAACAGUUUAUCCCGUCCGAGGAAAAGGCAGAAAACAUUGAGAUGUUGCCAAAAGUACCGGAGAAUCAGAUGAAAGCUGACUCCCUAUCCACCAUAUCAGAGUAAGGAAAAUUUUAUCAAACUCGCGUGUGGCUUAUAUACCUGAACGUCUCGUAUUUCAUACAUAUUCUCUCAAAGUUAGAGACUUUUGAAAAUCUUUGUGCAAAUAUAUAUUGGGCAAAUGUGACGUCAUGUUGGAAACAUCUA